AUGGUACUACCUUCGCUGCGAUAUGUACAGUACUUCAUGCGAAAGAUCCAGAAGUUGCACAAGUUAGGGCUUAGCCGUACAAAAAUCAAACAACUUUCCUGCCAAAUUCCAUACAAAUUCACAUUCAAGUCGAUCGGCGACCGGUGUCUUCUCCGUCCUGAUCUCCGAUUAGAUAAAUUCUUGCCAACUACAACAUUAGAGGAUCUUGUGGCUGAAGAUCCAUUCCCAUUUGUAUCUUUGUCUGAUAAGUUUGAUGGAAGAAGUGAAGGAAGUGAAAGUGAAAAUGGCGCAUUUGGGGGCUUAAGUACAAAGAAUGGAGCACCUAUUGUGGAUAAACACAUAGAUGUUUGUGAAAAAGAAGGAUGGAUCACCAUUCCACGCAAGGAACUUCCUGAUAGUUGGAAUGAAGAACCAGAUAUGCUAUCUUUUAAAGCUUUUGAUCGCCCCUUUGUUUUCCCAGGAGAACAGGUUCAUAUACUAGCAUGCUUAUCUGCAUAUAAACAAGACACAGAAAUCAUUACACCCUUCAAGGUUGCUGAAGUAAUGAGUAAAAAUGGCAUAGGCCCAAAUGCCAAAAAGCAAAAUGGUGAGGUCAAUGGGUCCCCUGUUUCUGCAGCUACAAGUCCUGAUGCACAUGGUACACCUCAACAUGCUAAUGACAUUUUGGAUGAAAAGACUGACCCAAAAAAGGAUCUUUCCACUGGUGAAUCUCUUCUCAGAAUGCAAGAUCACAGAAGACAAACCGAAAUGAUUCUGCAGAGAUUUAGGAAUUCCCAUUUUUUUGCUCGAACUGCUGAGUCAGAUGAGCCACUUUGGUCAAAAAGAAAAACACAGGAAACGUUUAGAGAGUCAACAGAAAUGAUUGGAGGGAAGUUUACUACAUAUGAUGUGGAUUCCAACAAGGGUUCUGAUAAGAAAGCCCUUUUGAAUACUUCAGUUGAUAGAGGAAGUCUUGAUGGAAGUACUUCUGGUGGAGUUGCAAGAAAUGGAUUUAAAUGUAGCUCAUUGGCUAAUGGAGAUAUAGUGGUGCUUUUACAGGUAAACAUUGGUGUAGACUGUUUAAAAGAUCCAGUUUUAGAAAUCAUUCAAUUUGAAAAAUAUCAAGAGAGCACUCUACAUCACUCAACUACAGAAUCCCUAAUUCCCUCAAGUCAAGAUCCAUGUGGAGAUUUAUUAAAAUGGUUACUCCCUUUAGAAAAUUCCAUUCCUUCUCCAUCUCCUUCAUUAACUCCCCCUCAAAUGAACUCUUCAAGUGUUCGUACCUCAUCAACAAAAGUCAACCCUUCCGCCACAUCAGCAUCCCCUAUAUUUUCAUUUGGACACUUCAGAAGCUAUUCCAUGUCAGCAAUUCCUCCUAGUGCUGUUCCUGUCUCACCCUCUAGCUCUAUGUCAAGCAUUGACUUAGAAGAUCAGGAUCAGUUCUCAAGUAGAAAGUCAAAGGAUGAGAAAGGUGAAGCUGAAGGACUUUUAUCUUUCCGGGGUGUACCCCUGGAGCCUGAAAGGUUUUCUGUUCGUUGUGGAUUAGAAGGGAUUUAUAUUCCAGGGAGAAGGUGGAGGAGAAAAGUGGAAAUUAUACAACCUGUUGAGAUCUCUUCCUUUUCUGCUGAUUGUAAUACAGAAGACCUUCUUUGUGUUCAGAUAAAGAAUGUUUGUCCUGCACAUGUGCCAGAUAUUGUAAUAUAUUUGGAUACAAUAACAAUUAUACACGAAGAGGCUUCCAAAGGUGGACCUCCUUUAUCUUUACCAAUUGCAUGUAUUGAAGCAGGAAAUGAUCACAGCUUGCCAGAUUUAGCCCUCAGGAGAGGAGAAGAACAUUCCUUCAUUCUAAAACCUGCAACUUCAUUAUGGAGGAACAGUAAAAGUCAAAGUGAUAGGAAUCUUCGGUCAACACAAUCACAUUUUGGACAUGCAACAUCAAGUGGUCAUGUAGAACGUGGUGAUAAGUAUGCAGUUUUAGUAUCAUGUCGCUGCAAUUAUACUGAAUCUAGGUUGUUCUUCAAACAACCAACAAGUUGGCGUCCACGUAUGUCAAGGGAUCUGUUGAUCUCAGUUGCAUCUCAAAUGUCAAGGCCAAAUCUUGGUUCAGAUGAACGAGUUCUUCAAUUACCUGUUCAGGUUUUGACACUGCAAGCUUCAAACCUGACAUCUGAAGAUCUGACACUAACAGUGCUUGCUCCAGCCUCAUUUACUUCUCUUCCAUCUGUUGUCUCAUUAACUUCAGCACCCGCAACACCAUUAAGCCCAGAAGAAAAGUCAACAAAAGUCAACGUUGACAGACACAAUAUUGCCAUGAAGAGACUCAGUUCAGCUUUAAUAGAAAAUCAAAGACGCAAUGAUGAAAUUGGGCGUCAAACUGGCAUUGGAGCUUUCUCUUUCAAUGAGCAACCAAUUUCCAUCACUGAUGUGCUUCCAAGAAGUGAUUUGGGAUGCACACAUCUGUGGUUGCAAAGUCGCGUUCCAUUAGGGUGUGUUCCUUCGAAGUCUACAGCUACUAUUAAGCUUGAGCUACUUCCACUUACAGACGGGAUUAUUACACUAGAUUCUUUACAAAUUAGUGUUAAGGAGAAAGGUGUAACGUAUAUUCCGGAGCACUCACUCAAGAUAAAUGCAACUUCCAGCAUAAGUGCUGGAAUCCUCUAAGUCUCGGACCAUAAUGCAUAUAUACUCCAAUUUGGAUGGAUGUUAUACGCUCUAUGAAGAUCAUUACAUGCUACUCUCAAUAUAUAUGUAUCUGUGAUUGAAAUGUAGUGUCUUUUUUUGUUUAAGGAUGAGUCUAUAAAAAGUUGUAUGAUUUGAGUUUUUUUUUUCUUUUGUUUUUUAAAAUGUAUGUGGUGACCAGAACAGAAAAAAAACGCUCAAUUGGUGUGUGGAAUCCAAAGAAAUACCUGUACAUUUGUGUUUCGGAAAAUGUUUGUUGGGACCAAUUUUUAUAUGAUUUUCGUAGAAUCAGUACUACUGUGAUAAACUUAAUAGGUUGGACA